GGAUAAUGGCUGUGAAUAGUGUUGAAAUAGAACUGAAAGCGGCUAGCACUGGUGAGUUGGCCGAAAGAAGGUCACAGCUAUAAUAUGACAUAGGAGGCCCCAUUGGUUUAGGUGUUGCAGCACAGACACAGUUCGCGCGCUGCAAGAGCGAUUGGAGAGCUUCCGCCAUUUUAUAUCUUCUCGACUCGACCCCUCCUCGCCUCCACCGUUGCUUCGUACCAAAGAUGAGUGGCCCGGGUGAAAAUCGCUGGCGACGGCAGGGUCAAGCCAACCGCAACUCCAACUCGGGCGCAAACACCCCCACCAAGGACAAUGCGGGACGGCAGCAGGCUAUGCCAGCGCCCACGGCGAACGUAUGGGGGGCCAAGCAAGGGAAGGGAACAGGCCCCGCAGCUGCACCAGCUCAGGCCCAGCCAGAGCACGUACCUGUGAAGGAGUUCAACGCAGAUGAGGUCAAGCAAUUCCUCAAGAAGAAAUACAUUGAGAGCACAGCCAAUCAACCCUCGGUGUACCACAAGGUCCCUGGCGAUUCCGUCUCAAACCGUAGUAGCGGCGCGUGGGGCAAAGGAGGCACCAUGUCACACCUCAUGCCCACCGGCCAAGACUUCUUCACGCAGCUCAAGAAGCAGAUAGCGACUCUCGAGCAGACCAAACCCGCGCAAUGAUUGCAUACACACCCGUUAUCUAUUUCAGCGGCAUUUUGAGGGCAUUACAGGAGUUCUGUGGGCUUUGAAUCGCAUGGGUGGGCAUAUGUCAGUACUUUGCAGCAGCAUGGGCAAAGUCAUGUUUUGGCGUCUUGGGAGUUUGUGACCAUGUGUGUGUCCGCCUCGGUUUAGGAUGAUCGUACGCGAUACCCAUCUUACGACAGUGUUUGGGGUUUGACGUUAUACAUGGCAUUGGGGAG